UGGGCAGGGAGCAGGAUGCUGAACAGGCUCAUGGGGCCCCGCUACGCCCAGCUGCUGCAGAACUGGACCCCCACAUUGACCGUAUGGGGCACCGUAGGGGCUGUGGGAUUGGUGUGGGCGACGGACUGGAGACUGAUCCUUGACUAUGUUCCCUACAUUAAUGGUAAGUUUAAGAAAGAUGAUUAAACUGCUGCUCUUCCCUCUAAUGGAAGUGUUUA